AACAAACCUACUUCAGAAGUGAGAACUGCGUCGCUUGCCUCAACCACAGACCACAUCUCCGUUACUAGUCUGUUCCAGCCGAUCUAGCGAUAAUUUGACGACGCCAGUCACCAGCGACCACCGUCUCACCGGCGAAGCCACUGUCAAUUUGCCAAAUGCCCCAGGCUUAAGAAAACUCAGUGCACCCUAAAUUACAAGCUGCAGAGUAGCUAUUGUACCAGUAGAGGGAAAGAAAAAUCCUCUCACACAUCACUAUGUCUUCGAACAACCCAUCUCAACUACUUCCAUCUGAGCUAAUUGACCGCUGCAUUGGGUCCAAAAUCUGGGUCAUAAUGAAAGGGGAUAAGGAGCUUGUUGGAACCCUUAGAGGAUUUGAUGUUUAUGUUAACAUGGUCCUGGAAGAUGUCACUGAAUACGAGAUCACCUCUGAAGGACGGCGAAUAACAAAGCUUGACCAGAUCUUGCUCAAUGGAAAUAACAUUGCCAUUCUUGUUCCGGGAGGCUCACCCGAUACAGAAUGAGAUUUGUAUUUGACUGCAGCCUAAGAAGUUGGUAGAUAUAAGAACCAAUCUAUUUUGUGUCUGUAGGCUUACUGUCACUGAUUAACUAGUAACUACAAUUGUUGUUAGACCAUGAACUUGAUAUGAUGAACUACCAAUUAACUGGCUGUUGGCAUGUUUUUUGUGACUGCCAAUAUGUCCACUACUCUGUAUUUGUUUAAGGAUUUUAAAUUUGCUCAUGCAUGCAAUGGGUUAUGAAUUAUGAUUUAUGAU